AUGGCUAAUAAAACCCAGGAAGAUGGUGGCAUCCAUUUCCCUUUUCCCUUCACACCCUAUUCCAUCCAGAAAGACUUCAUGGCUGAGCUCUAUCGGGUGUUGGACGCUGGCAAGAUUGGAAUAUUUGAGAGUCCAACUGGCACUGGAAAAUCUUUAAGUCUGAUUUGUGGGGCCCUUUCCUGGCUCCGUGACUUUGAACAGAAGAAACAUCAAGAAGAAGCACGUCUCCUUGAAACUGGAACUGUCCCCUUAAGUGAUGAGAAGGAUCAGCUCCCAUUUCUUUCAUCCUCCUGCAAAGAGACCCCAGACACCCUGAGGCCUGCCGGAGAGCCUGACUGGGUGACUCAGUUUGUGCAGAAGAAAGAAGAAAGGAACCUGGUGGACCGGCUGAAGGAGGAGCAGGUCAGGCGGAAGAAGCGAGAAGAGCGCCUGCAGCAGAUCCGUCACAAUGCACAGCUCAAGUAUGCAGCCAAGCGCAUGAGACGGGAAGAAGAAGAAAUGGAGCGUCUCCUCCACCUCAGCAGGGAGAUGCUAGCAGAAGGAACAGGGACCGAGCCCCUAGAGCAGCUGGUAUGUGGGGACGAGGAGCUGGUCCUCGCCGAGUACGAGAGCGAUGAGGAGAAGGGAGCAGCUCUGGACGAGGAGGAGGAGGAGGAGGACCUGGAGGAAGAACACGUAACUAAGAUUUACUACUGCAGUCGGACGCACUCCCAGCUGGCCCAGUUUGUGCACGAAGUGCAGAGAAGCCCCUUUGGCAAGGACACCCGGCUUGUCUCCCUCGGCUCUCGGCAGAAUCUUUGUAUAAAUGAAGAUGUGAAAAACCUGGGUUCUGCGCAGCUUAUCAAUGACCGCUGCAUGGAGAUGCAGAGAAGUAAACACGGUAAGAAGAGCAGAGCUGAGGAUGAGAAGCCCAAGAGGAGAAGGCAGGAGCACCGGGCCGCAUGCCCCUUCUACAGCUAUGAGCAGCUGCAGCUUCUCCGAGACGAGGUCCUGGUGGGGGUGAAGGACAUCGAGCAGCUGGUGUCCCUGGGGAAGGAGGCUCGGGCCUGUCCCUAUUACGGGAGCCGGUUUGCCAUUCCAGCAGCCCAGCUCGUGGUGCUGCCCUACCAGAUGCUGCUGCACGGGGCCACCCGCCAGGCCGCAGGGAUCCGGCUGCAGGGACAGGUGGUGGUCAUUGACGAGGCUCACAACCUGAUUGACACCAUCACGGGCAUCUACAGUGCAGAGGUCACCGGUUCCCAGUUCUGCCAGGCCCAUUCCCAGUUGCUCCAGUAUAUGGAACGAUAUGGGAAGCGUCUGAAGGCCAAGAACUUGAUGUACAUCAAACAGCUCCUGUAUCUGUUGGAGCAGUUUGUGACUGUGUUGGGAGGAAACAUUAAGCAAAAUCCCAACACACAGAGCCUUUCGCAAACAGGGACAGAGCUGAAGACCAUCAAUGACUUUCUCUUUCAGAGCCAGAUCGACAACAUCAACUUGUUCAAGGUGCGGCGCUACUGUGAAAAGAGCAUGGUCAGCAGAAAGCUCUUUGGCUUCACAGAAAGGUAUGGCACGGUCCUUGCAUCCUCCAGGGAGCAGUCCAGACUGGCUGGGUUCCAGCACUUCCUACAGAGCCUGCAGCCCGCAUUGACCGAGACUCCCGUGCCCCACGGAGAUGAGGGAGAGGCCAGGGUGCCACGGUCUGCUUCCCCGCUGAUGCACAUCGAAGGCUUCCUUGCAGCCCUCACCACUGCCAACCAGGAUGGCAGGGUCAUCCUGAACCGCCAAGGAAGUCUUAGUCAGAGCAGCCUCAAAUUCCUGCUCCUGAAUCCAGCCGUGCACUUUGCCCAAGUGGUGAAGGAAUGCCGGGCAGUGGUCAUUGCAGGCGGCACCAUGCAGCCGGUGUCUGACUUUCGGGAGCAGCUGCUGGCAUGUGCUGGGGUAGAAGCUGAGCGAGUGGUGGAGUUUUCCUGUGGUCACGUGAUCCCUCCAGACAACAUCCUGCCCCUCGUCAUCUGCAGCGGGCCCUCCAGCCAGCAGUUGGAGUUCACAUACCAGAAGAGAGAACUGCCUCAGAUGAUGGAUGAGACGGGUCGUAUUCUCUAUAACCUGUGCAAUGUGGUCCCUGGAGGGUUGGUCUGUUUCUUCCCCUCCUAUGAGUACCAACGCCAGGUCCAUGCCCACUGGGAUAAGAGUGGUCUGCUGGCCCGCCUGGCUGUCAGGAAAAAGAUAUUUCAGGAACCCAAGAGAGCGAACCAGGUGGAGCAGGUGCUGCUGGAGUAUUCCAGGUGCAUUAAGUGCUGUGGCCAUGCGGGAGGCGUGGUGACAGGUGCUCUGCUCCUCUCUGUGGUUGGAGGAAAGAUGAGUGAAGGCAUUAACUUCUCUGACGACCUUGGCCGGUGUGUAGUUAUGGUAGGCAUGCCCUACCCCAACAUCAAGUCUCCAGAGCUACAAGAGAAGAUGGCCUACCUGGAUCAGACUCUUCCCAGAAUCCCAGGUCAGCCCCCACCAGGGAAGGCUUUGGUGGAGAAUCUGUGUAUGAAGGCUGUCAACCAAUCUAUAGGCAGGGCCAUCAGGCACCAGAAGGAUUUUGCCAGCAUAGUGCUCCUGGAUCACCGGUAUGCCCGCCCACCUAUCCUGGGAAAGCUGCCAGCCUGGAUCCGAGACCGCGUAGAGGUCAAAGCCACCUUUGGCCCUGCCUUUGCUGCUAUGAGGAAGUUUCACCGCGAGAGGCCUGGCCCCUCCUGA